AUCUCUUGUCUAUAGUUUAUUUUUAGUGGUCGCUCCGAAACGAGCGUUUCGGUGCGGAAGAAUUCGGAAUAAUUGUAAAUAUACCUGCGGCUCGGCAAGUGUCACUGGAUUCUGUCGGCUGCGAUUCUCGUGAAGAAAUCGCGCAGGUGUUUCGAGGAGAAAUGCCGAAGUGACGCCAGACAAAAGGGGGCCAUUCCGAACGAGCCAAGCCGAGGGUCCAUCGGACUAACGCUGAAACGGAGACAUAAGUAAGUCCUCCAAUAGUGCCCAUCCCAGCUCUCCAAGAUGUACGCAGCCUGCAAGUGUUUAAACGUCUCGAUAAGGUCGCGGAGUACCGAACUGCAGAGGAUCGAUGUCGAGGAUAUGGAACUAACUCCGAUGGAGCGUGCUAAUCCAUUCUUUUCCGAGAGCAUUGCAACGAUACCAGAAUUAGAAGGUAUCACCAAAGAGCAAUCAGGAUUAGUAGACGUGAAAAAUGUCGGUGCAUGGGUAAUCCAUAGGUGUUAUAACUGUUCACUGUACACCCAUGCAGUUCACAGAGAAUACGGUGCCGCCAUGGUCCUGAUUAAUACCAGUAUAGUUAUGUCUUCCGAGGAAAUAAACAAGUUGAAAGCCAAUCCAGAUUACAGUCCUGUGUUCAGGAUAGUGAUAGAUCGCAGCACAUUGGAUGAUGUCGAUCUCCUACAAACACCAACCAGAUUUUCUGCCACGCAGUUGCCCGUUGCCCUGCAAAUGGCACUUGGUAGUCUUCAGCAACAGCUGGACGAAGCUGUUCAGAGACAAGCAGCCGAUGCAGAGGAGAAGAUACGCGCUUUCACAGCUCAGCAGUAUCAGUUGCUGGAGGAGUUCCGUGACAGGGCUCACAUGGAACAUCGAUUCUUGGCAAGAUUGAUCUGUACCCACGACGAGAACAAGCCAGCCGAGGUCCGAGAAGCUCCCCCGGCGUCUCAGGAUAGUUUUAAGGCAAAUAUAAAUGACAUAAGCACCGUAAAUAAUUCCGUAAAUGCGAAGCCGCGCGUGGCGAUCGGCGAUACCAAGGUCGUCACCGAUGUUACUGUCAGACAACAAGCUACGGCUAAACGCCAGAGUAAUUUUCAAGUUAACGGAGUCAUCGACAAGAAGGAGUCGCUGAAGCUGCAGCCGAAGGAACCUAGCAGUUUCGACGCCGAGGCGAUGUUCACCCUGGAGGGAAUGGAUGAUCCCCUACCUUCCGAUCGCCCUGCACCUUGGGACGAGGAAUCCGACACUGACGACUCAGGUCACGACGAGGGCAUUCACAUACCCCGGGGUCAGAGAGGAGGUCAUCCUACACUGGCCAAGUCGCUACCGGUCAGUGUACCUGUGUUUCCUUCCUUCGUUCGCAGGAAUAUGCAAGACCAAGAUGACGAUCAGCUCUCGAGGGAUCCCCUCGACCCACACAAUAUUCGGGCCUCGAUAAAGGCCCUGGCCAAGAGCGUUCAUGGCGACACGGUUUUUGGAGACCUGCCACGUCCUCGAUUCUCCACUCAAAUCUGACUUUCCACUCGUCUCGAGCCUCGCGACUCCCCAGCGAGUCGUCACGACCUCGUCGUGGGUGCCAUCCGUUGACGGGAGGGUCCGACGUCGACGAGAACUCGUGGAUGUUGAGGCUAUGGAACUCUAUUUUGUGAACACUUGAGGGUGCGGGAGAAAAAUGGAGAGGAGAAAGAACGAGACAAAGGGGAAUUUCCGACUCUCAGGCUGAGCCAACUCGAAGCUGCGUUUUAUGUGGCUGUUAUAUCACGAGGAAAGUGAGAGAAAACCGAGUAAAAAAAAAAUAUAUAUAUAUAUACGUAUGUAAACGUAUAUGCGUUAAGUAGAAUUAGGUUGUAACAGACUAUCGCGACAAUGGGCGCUAAUUGCUGAGAGGAGAUGGAGAAAUGGAAAGAAAGGACGGUAAAGGACUGUUUCGGUGUCAGGAUAAAAGAUUUUAUUUUUUAAUAAGUUUAGAUGGGUUGUUUUUCCCCAUUUCAUGGGGUCAAAGGAAGAUAGCGAGAGACUGCUCGUUGAAUAUGUCGCUUCGGAUUGUGAUGGUUACUUGUACAAGUUAGGGAUAUUAUUUGUAUUCUGCCGCCCGAGAUGGAUCAGCCCUUGGGCACUUGGAAUUUCAGAUUUAAUCUCUCGUAUUCGCAGAUCUCGUCGAUGUAAUUUCAUGAGGAGGAACAAGAUGUCAUUGCUCGAUCCACUGAUUGUUAUCGAACCGAGCAUGAGUUAUCAUUUUAUGGUCCUCGAUAUAUUAUCAAUUGGUAUAACGAUCUAGACUCUAGUGAUCCCCCGAUGUUAGAGAGUUUUGUCACUUGCUGGGCUGGCCGGUACCGACUGAUCCCACUUUUGCAACUGAUUAUAAUUUGUUGAAACGAUACAAAGUCGGUAUACCCCUGUUGCUUCGUUACGUACACAUUAACUGUGUCAGUGUAUAUCUUAUUUUCCAUACCAGCUCACGGGCAGCUUUGUUACGUUCUUUAGGCUGACAAUUGAUAAACUGUUUUCGUUUGAUCAUGAUCAGAUUAAAUAUAUAUAUAUAUAUAUACACGUGUAUGUAUAAAUAAUAUAUCAGUAUAUUUUAAUUAUACAUUUUGCCAGGCAGAAUGUGGCAGCAGCUUUGAUGAGUCUCGCGCAUUUUUCUAGCGCACACGGAUGAUCGUAAAAAUUGCUCUAACCUAAUUUGGCCUUACGUAAUGUAUCAUUUUUAUAACGUUUAGAUACAUUUAUUUUUCUACGAGAGUGUAUCCCAAUUACUUUAGAGUUUUCACCGCGUUGGCUCCGACUAGCGGUUAUGUUCAGUUUUGCAAGUUAUUUCGACAAGUCAUCCUAGUCUUAACGAUAAAGAACCAUGCAACAAUGUUGAGCACCAUUGUGAUCGCCUCUUGUCCUAUCUGAUGUUAAUCUUCGAACGUUUCAUCGUUUUGCAGCCGAAUUUGUUAUAGUAAAUUCUUUAUUCUACCUUUUUUUACUGCAGUUAUACCGUAAGUUAUCGAUUGUGAUCAAUCUAGGUUAUGCCUGUACUGUACCCACCUGCGUAAUUUAUGUUUUAUACCGAGUAUCAGUUUUUCUUUUAUAUAUAUAUAUCGUUAAGGAAAAUCUGCAAGAAAAGCCUGGAGGGUAACUGUAGGAGCGAUUUCAUGUCAUUUUAUACCAAUGAUUCCUUGAAGAGUUCCGUACUAAUUGCUUUGACAGGGAAAGAACGAAGCAUCUCUUUCGUCAUGUUCAUGCCUACGUGUUUGACAUUUUUCUCCUGGCGUGUAUUAUGGAUUUUGAGUGUGUUAAAUAAUCCAGUAAUAAGGCCAGUGAAAUUCACUUGCCAUCUCGACUCGAUAGAGUGGCUAGAUCGAAAAAGGAAGACUCGAUGCAUCUUAACGGAAUUCGUGAAUAAGUGUAUACAUAGAUAUAACUGUGAACAUCUUUUCCUUGCAAUUUGCAGAUAUCUCCAAGCGCGUAUUAAUUAAUAAUCGCGGACUGUAUGACUUGAUACAUCCUUACAUAUUCAUUGUAAGCAUCUUUUAUAGAUUUGUACUGUUAGUUUCUUGAAAUUUUACGAGCAUAGUGUUUCUUACGGUACUCAUGUAGAGUGUAACGAGAAGAAUUGAAAUGGUGUUAACGAGGAAAAGAAAUAUGUUGUUGCUUUUGUUAAUGCAUAAAUGGCAUGCAAAAGGUUGACAGUAACUGACUGGUCAAGAUAAAGAAUAACCGGUGGGUGUACAAUGAAAACUUAUAUCAUGUACCAUAAGAAAGAUCUAUCGAAAUAAAGAGAAUAUACUGAUGUCA